GCCAAAUUGUGAGCCAUGGUAGUGGGACUGAAUUUCUAAACACAAGAAAUUGCUUAGACAAUUGAUUUAGUAUCUGUAUAUGGGCAAUACUCUGUCCUGCAGUAGACACCAACUUCAGGACACUUUCUACACUCUUCCGUCCUCCAAAGGCAGUGCCUUUCCACGUGCAACCGGUUACCAGCUGGAAUGGACGAGUGGCAAUUUCUUCACCUGCGGCAGCAUGUCAGCUGAAACACCAAUCACAGUGAAUAUCGACCCUCGGGAUCUGCAGGUCCAAACAUUCACUGUAGAGAAACUACUGGAGCCUCUCAUAAUCCAGGUUACUACACUUGUAAAUUGUCCCCAGAAUCCCUCCAACAGGAAAAAAGGACGUUCAAAAAGAGCCAGAGUUCUUCUAGCUUCUGUGGAGGAAGCAACUUGGAAUUUACUAGACAAGGGAGAGAAGAUUGCCCAGGAAGCUACAGUUUUAAAGGAAGAGCUUACUGCUGCACUUGAGGAGGUUCGCAAAGAAAGUGAAGCUCUGAAAGUAUCAGCUGAGAGAUUUACAGAUGACCCUUGUUAUGUCCCGAAAAGGGAAGCUGUGGUUCAAGCCGCUCGUGCCUUGUUGGCUGCAGUUACCAGACUCCUUAUCCUUGCAGACAUGAUUGAUGUCAUGUGUCUUUUGCAGCACGUGUCAGCUUUUCAAAGGACAUUUGAAUCUCUUAAAAAUGUUUCCAACAAAUCUGACCUCCAGAAAACCUACCAGAAGCUUGGGAAGGAACUGGAAAAUCUCGAUUAUUUAGCCUUCAAACGUCAGCAGGACUUAAAAUCUCCAAAUCAGAGGGAUGAAAUUGCAGGGGCCCGGGCCUCACUGAAGGACAACUCCCCCCUCUUGCAUUCAAUUUGUUCAGCUUGUUUGGAGCAUUCUGAUGUCGCUUCCCUCAAAGCCAGCAAGGACACAGUUUGUGAAGAAAUUCAGAAUGCUCUUAAUGUAAUUGCAAAUGCUUCACGAGGCAUCCAAAAUAUGCCGGCCCCACCGGAACCUCAGGCAGCAAGCCUGGGUAGUGCCCUUGAUGAGCUGGAGAAUUUAAUUGUCCUGAAUCCACUCACAGUGACUGAGGAGGAAAUAAGACCGUCACUAGAGAAACGCCUGGAAGCCAUUAUCAGUGGGGCUGCUCUGUUGGCAGAUUCUUCAUGCACCAGGGACUUCCAUCGGGAGCGAAUUAUAGCAGAAUGCAAUGCUAUUCGCCAGGCUCUUCAGGACCUGCUUUCAGAGUACAUGAACAAUACUGGAAAAAAAGAAAGGAGUAAUACCCUGAAUAUUGCUAUAGACAACAUGUGCAAGAAGACAAGAGACCUUCGCAGACAGCUCCGCAAGGCUAUUAUAGAUCAUGUGUCAGACUCCUUCUUGGAUACGACAGUCCCACUUUUGGUUCUCAUUGAAGCUGCUAAGAAUGGUCGGGAAAAGGAAAUAAAAGAAUAUGCUGCGAUAUUUCAUGAACACACCAGCAGGCUUGUAGAGGUGGCAAAUCUUGCUUGUUCUAUGUCAACAAAUGAAGAUGGAAUUAAAAUUGUCAAAACUGCUGCACACCACCUGGAAACCUUGUGUCCACAGAUUAUUAAUGCUGCACUUGCUUUGGCUUCAAGACCCAAAAGUCAAGUGGUCAAAAACACCAUGGAAAUGUACAAGCGCACAUGGGAGAAUCACAUACAUGUCCUCACUGAAGCUGUAGAUGACAUUACAAGCAUUGAUGACUUCCUUGCUGUAUCUGAAAGCCAUAUCCUGGAAGAUGUCAACAAGUGUAUAAUAGCCUUGAGAGACCAGGAUGCUGAUACUUUAGACCGCGCUGCAGGUGCUAUCAGAGGACGUGCAGCAAGAGUUGCUCACAUUGUCAUGGGUGAAAUGGACAGUUACGAGCCAGGAGCUUACACUGAAGGUGUAAUGAGAAAUGUUAACUUCCUUACAAGUACUGUAAUUCCUGAGUUUGUAACACAAGUGAAUGUUGCCUUGGAAGCCUUAAGCAAGAACUCAUUGAAUGUGUUUGAUGAUAAUCAAUUUGUGGACGUCUCCAAGAAGAUCUAUGAUACAAUCCAUGAUAUCAGAUGUUCAGUCAUGAUGAUUCGGACCCCAGAGGAACUGGAGGAUGUUUCUGACCUUGAAGAGGAUCAUGAGGUCCGCAGUCACACCAGCAUUCAGACUGAAGGGAAGACUGACCGGGCUAAGAUGACUCAACUGCCUGAGGCAGAGAAGGAAAAGAUUGCUGAGCAAGUUGCUGAUUUCAAGAAAGUAAAGAGUAAGCUGGAUGCUGAGAUCGAGAUAUGGGAUGAUACAAGCAAUGAUAUCAUUGUUCUGGCCAAGAAGAUGUGUGUGAUCAUGAUGGAGAUGACAGACUUCACAAGGGGCAAAGGACCACUAAAGCAUACAACUGAUGUGAUCUAUGCAGCUAAAAUGAUAUCAGAAUCAGGAUCAAGGAUGGAUGUCCUUGCUCGGCAGAUUGCCAACCAGUGUCCAGAUCCAUCAUGCAAACAGGACUUGCUGGCCUACCUAGAACAGAUUAAAUUCUACUCCCACCAACUGAAAAUCUGCAGUCAAGUUAAAGCUGAGAUCCAGAACCUGGGGGGAGAGCUCAUCAUGUCUGCUUUGGACAGUGUCACCUCUCUGAUCCAAGCAGCCAAAAAUUUAAUGAAUGCUGUAGUGCAAACAGUGAAAAUGUCUUACAUUGCCUCAACCAAGAUCAUCCGAAUCCAGAGUCCUGCUGGGCCCCGGCACCCAGUCGUGAUGUGGAGAAUGAAGGCUCCUGCAAAAAAACCCUUGAUUAAGAGAGAGAAGCCGGAGGAAACUUGUGCAGCUGUCAGACGAGGCUCGGCAAAGAAAAAAAUCCAUCCAGUGCAAGUCAUGAGUGAAUUUAGAGGAAGACAAAUCUACUAAACCAUUAUUCUACCCUUGUGGCUAUAUUAUAAAAUCCUGGCUAACCAUGCUGCUUUGUUUUAUAAUUGAUUAGUUCUUACUUUCACUAAGUUUUGGAGCUUAACUCACAAAUAAUAUAAAAUAUUAGGGGGCUGAACCAAUGUAAGCAACAUGUAUUUGGAAUCAUGUCAUUGUUAUCUCUGUAUGGCCAGCACCUAAGGGUUAAUCAAUAUAUGCUUGUUGAAUGAAUAAAACCCUUGAGUGUUAUUCAGCCUUUUCCACCACAGGGAAUAGCUUAUAUUCAGUACUAAAUGAACAGAAGAGAUUCAAGUGAGUCCUUUUUAUCUGUAAUAGUUCGAGUACACUCAUUCCUUUCAUUUUGAAUUAAAACACUGACAUGAACCCUUGACUUUGUUUUCAAUGGAAACAAAAGACUUUAUAAAAUAUCUUCCCAUUUAAUCUUCAAUACUUUCUUGACCUGGCUGAACCUGGUACCUAACCUGACAGAAGUAUGUGAUUUCUGUCAUAGGAAAAAAACUUUAAAUCUCUAGAUAACUGCAUCAGUUGUCAACUGAUAAGGCUAAUGUUCAUCAUAAACUAGCCAAGUUUGAGCAGUCAAGAUACAUGCUGGAUUUUGGAGGGCAGUCUUAGUUAUUACUGAAAUGAUCUAUUAACAUUGCAAAGGUUACAGUGAGUUUUGAUGCUACAUAUGCACCUUUUAAGGUUCCAUAAUGUUCAGCAGGUCUGUGCUUUUGAGUGUUGGGUCCAUCAGAACACAUAUGAGGAAAUCACCCAUUGAUUUUCAGAGAUACCCAGUCAUACCCAAAGAGAUAUCACCCAUUGGGGAAAUGAAAUACUGAACUGUAUUCCUACAGGUAACUAUAUAUAGUUGUGAUAAAAGCAGUGUAAGGAGUUCUACAUGACUCUAAAAAUCCAUUUGUAUUAGCAAUUGUAAUUCAAAAGAAAAGCCUAGUUUGAAAAACGUUUUGACAUUGAGUAAAAUAUAACUGUGUGAACUGUACCAUUGAACUAUGAAGCAAAGGUAAUGGCAAUGAAGUUGGAGUAAUUUUAAUAACAUUCUUUUUAAUAAAAGUCAUUGGGAUCACUUUAUAAAUCCAAUCACUGUGCUAAUCCCUAGUUGAGUUCAUAAUGGACUUCGUAAUCAUCUCAGAGUCUAGUGCACUGUUCUCUCUCUUUCUCUUUCUCUCUCUCUCUCUCUCUCUCUCUCUCUCUUGCUGCCUCUCUAUCUCAAAGAGUCUUUUUCAUGGACUCUUUGGAGGAGCUGAGUUUCAGGUUCGCUUUUUUUGCACUCAUAGGGUUCCCAUUCAUAGAAUUCUUUAACAUUGAUUCCCCAUUCUAUUUAUUAUUGUAACUUUCCAUUUGUACAACAUUGACAUUGACGAGUUGUUUCAACAAUCACGUCACCUUAGGUUAAUGAGAUAAAAGUCAUACACACAGCACCUGUUGAUGUUAGGAGGACCAGUUUGGGUAAAGGAUGCAUGAAACGUAAGAAAGCAUAAAGGUUAAGAGCAUGAUAUGUGUGAUGUCUUGAACAAAAUGGUAGGGAAAAAAAGGAUCAAUUUAACAGGCCAUUAUUAAUUACAAGAGAAAUGUUAACUUCCUUUUAUUGUAGUGAAUUAUUUCAUUCUUUCAAAAUGCUGGAUUGCCUGGGAUCAGCGCAUAAACUUUCUAAGAGGAAAAGGCAAUAAAUUCCUCCCCAUCCUACACUAUGGACUGGCCCACAAGAACUUCUGGACAGAGUUUACUAAAAGAGAAGGCAGUGAUAAAGGGAAGUAGGGAAUCCAAAUGAUUUUUUCUUUCUCCCAGAACUAUACAGAUAGUUGAAGCAAAUAGAGGGUUUCUUUUGUUGAAAUGCUACCAUUGUUUUCUGCUCUAAGUGUAGACAUUGAAAGAGUGACAUCUAUGGCACUUCCUUUUCUCAGGAAGAAAUGUGAAUUUAUAAUUUAGUUGCAGAAAGAAUCUUUUAAAAAAUUUUUUUUUAAAUUACCAAACUACUAGCUGUAUAUCUUAGCUCCUAAAUCUAUAUAAACAAAGAUCAUAAAAGUCUCAUUUACAAAAUCUAAUGUCCUUUUGACCCUACACCAUGUUUCUACAUGUCGGAAUUUAGAAAGCAGUAUUGGAUGCCAAAAGAACAGAAAUAACUCGAAAUUAUACAAUUACCAAAUAACCUUCUUCUCUUUAAAAAACUCUACUCACAACAAAAUGUGAACAAGUUCUCCUCUUUAACGUAGGUAGAUUUCUAGCUUAACUCAAAGCAAACAACUAUAAUUAAACAAAAUAAUAAAAUGUUUAACUCAGUGAAUGUCCCAGAAUAAAUCUUCUGUAGUAAUCAAAGGCGUAAUUUUAAAAAAAGACGCAUAGAGGUAAGAAAGACAUCUGUCCACCUGAGUGAAUUACUGCAGUGGGCAGCAUUUUACGAUUUAGUUCAGUUCAAAUCUGCUGAUAAUAUAAAUGCUUAUAAACAAGAAAAAUUACUAGCAAAGAUAUUAACAAAAGAUUAUUGUAUUAUAAAGCAUAGUUAAAUCUAAUCAAUAAGCAUGACUGUAGUGGACAUAUUUAUAUUUAGGCCUUUCUUCUGCAGGAUAAUACCAGAAAUUUCUUAAUGAGUGUGAUAAUUUGUUGGUUUAUUUGUGCACCUUUUAAAAUCACAUUGCAGAGACUGGUAUUUCCUCUGAUGAUACAUUUGCUUGAUCCUGCUAAUCAGAACUCACCUUUCUCUUUCAGUGUAAAUGAUUUAUGUUAAUUUACAUUGGAAAAAAAUUCCUAGUGAGGGAGGAGAGGGUUAAACCACCUGCAAGGACAGUUCCUUCUCUGGUUUGCCACCAGCAUCUCUGCCAAACGUUAGACAGGAAUCAGAACAUAUCUUGGAAAAUAUCCAUGAAAUCAUAAUCCACAAAAGAUUCUUCUUUCUAAUUAGAAAAUCUGGUAGGUUUUUAAUCAAACGUGAAAGGUGAGAAAUAUAAAUCUCUGUCUUUUAUUUAUCACAAAUGGAAGUUAUUGGAUUAAAAUGUUUCUUUCUAAUGGAGCUUCUGAAUGAUUCUCGAGUGAGUCAGGAAAAAAAAAAAAACUCUUGACACUAAAUUUCUGAACUAAUGUGUUAAUUGUUCCUUUCUGUUUGUCCUAUGAUAUGAAGGCAAACUAUGAAUAUAUUAGAAAAUACAAUAUCGUCUUUAUAUUCUUAAGUGUGCCUCCUGUCCUUUGAAAAUCUCUGAACUUAGU